AGUAAGUAAGUAAGCAAGUAAAUGAGUAAUCCAGUAACUUUCAUUGGCACAUGCCAAGUGUUAUAGCCACCGUUGACUGUGUGGCUUAUACGCUCUGCCCGUUUGAGCAUUCGGCCUACAACUGUUUUACCGUUACACACGUUGAACCAAUCAAUUUGGUGAAAAGUUUUGCCCUCAGCGACAGUCAUCAACAGCUUUAGAGAUAUUUAUGAAUUGAGUUGAGCUGGAGUCGAGCGGAGAACAAGCAUUCUCAUAAACGGUGCCAAAAUAAACAAGCAAAAUCUUUUGUUGUGGCACAAAGUAAUUUGCAUAAAUAUUAAUAGAGAGAUAUACCUAUGUAUCUUACAAGAUUUUAAGAUUAUGUGCUCAAGUGUUUGUAAUAUUUCCAACGUCAUUAACAACAACAACAAGAACAACAACCACAACAAAUAAAUCAUAUGUGCUGCAUUUUCACCAAACAGGCAGCAGCCAAGGCAACGAAGAAAUGUUUAUUCGCCAUUAAAUUUUAACGCUCUUGCGCAUAAUUAAGCGAAAACUGAACAAAAGAAAAAAUUUCUAUAGCUGUGAUUAAGAAUGCUUCUCCAUCAUAUUUGUUGCCACCACUAUUAAGUUCUUGUUGUAUUUUUAUUUUUCGAGCAGCAGCCGUUGAAGCAACCAGUCAAUGGAUGUGGCAUGGAAGUGGAAGUUUAAGCUGGAACUGAAGCUGAAGCUGAAGCGGCCGCAAAUUGAUUUGGCCAACAUCAGUUGCCGUUUAGAAGCCGCCGCGUUUAGACCACAAAUCGUACGUAAAGCGAAAGAAGAAAACGCGAACUUGAAAAUUCGAAAACUGUUCGAGAAGCAAACAAAAAUAACAACAACAACAACAACAACAAUUCGCUGCGAGCAUUCAACUUGGAUGAUUGCGAAUAUCGAUGGGCAAGUGGAAUUUGAGAACAAUGAGAAUUGCUGUUGUUGUGUGAGCUGCUGCCCAACAAAACCGAAAUGAAACAAUAAAACCAAGCAGCUAACUGUGAACUGAAGAUACAAAUAAAAAACUAAUAACAACAACAACAUUAAGAGACUCUUCAAAAGUGGCACAUCAUUUCUGUGAAUAGAAAUCGAAACUGAAACGAACUGCGACGAACUUUUUUGGCAAAACAAAAUUUCAAAGACAUUUCUUGUGCCAAUUUGAUUAUGGCCAGCAAGCAGAAACUACUCUUUAUCUUGUUGUGGCAACUCUUUGCCUUUGGUGGUCAGCUGGUGCUCGCACAGGAUGAGCCAGAGGCACAGCAGCUGCAGGUGCCUCGUCCAAGGGGUCGUAUACGUAUUGCGGACAUGCAACCGCCACCGCUAGCGCCAGUGGGUCCAAUGAAUUGGCCCACUUAUGGAGUUGCUCCAGCACCAAUGCCUGCCACAUCCACGGUGCACGCGCAUAUUCCUUUGCUCCGGGAGCAGAUCACCAGCAGCAGCACUGCGAGUGUGCCGCUGUCCUUGCCGCUGCCCAACGAGGAGGGAGGUGUGCAGGAGUCUGUGGUGUAUGGAAAUUGGAAGCCUGAGCAUCCGCUGCAGCCACAGGAGGAGGAGACGCAGCCGAAGCAGCGUGUCUAUGGACGUCUAGAGGCUAUGCUUAUGGGCAUGCCAGCGGAAGCCAUGGACAGACGUGACGUGUCUAGUGAGGAGUUGGAAGCUCAGUCGGAGCAACGCACAGCAGCUGGGGGCUAUCAAAAUCCCUAUGCACGUCAGGAAAGCUACGAGCGAGCACAGAACUCUGGACAUCGACGCUGGCGUCCGCCAAUGCCAAAUGGCUUCAAAGAGUCAAAGCUGCAGCCAAAGCCGCAAUAUCCGCCACAAACUGAAUCGCAAACUUCCUUUGAGGUCAUCCACUUGAAUGCAUCGGAUCCGAUAUUGAAAGCAAUGGCUAAGCAGAUCAAUGAAUCGAUAGAGACGACAACCACGCGACGCCAAGCCACACACACGACCGAGGACAACUGGAUGCCAUUGCCUUAUCCCUAUCCCACUCAUAGCUACGAGAGCACACAACCGGUGCCAGGAGCGGCUCUGAGUUCAACUAUCAGCAGAGUACGCAGCACUGAAGCAGCCACACAGCAACCCACUCAAAGAGUGGAGUCCACAACGAUUGCACUCAAUUGGCCCACCGAUUUUCUGGAUGCCUCACCAAGCAGCACGCCCCGAACUUACACGGAUUCUGGCAUUAGCAUCGAUCGUGUGGACAACAUCGAUAGCAUCGAUCGCAUCGACGAUGACGUGGUGGAUCACGACGAUUAUAAGUACUAUGAGGAUAGUUUGAGUUCCGCUCAAAUGCACAGUGAACUGAGUGUGCCGGAGACUUUGAUUCCCCACCUGCCACUCAAUAUAACGCGUGUGGGAAUUCCGUACGAGGAUCGUAACUCCCUCGAGGAGCCAACCAUUUGUGUGCCGCUCACAGUAACUGAAACAGCCUCGGAGAGUGCCACUCCGCUGCUGGUCGAAGUGGAACGUGUCUAUUGCUUUCCACUGCCCAAGGUAGAGGUCAGAACUGGCACCAUAAAGCGUCAACAGCAUCCAGAAUUGGAACUGGAACAGGAACAAGAGCGUCACGACAAUGGGACAUCUCUGCCUGCGGAGGAGCCACAGCCAGCAGUAACAGCUGGGGCAUGUUCUCGGUAUAAUUUCUUGGCAGUGCUUCUAAUUAUUGGGAGCAGCAUAUUGACGCGUUUUUAGACUAAUUAGAGCGAUGGCACUUAGCUUAAGUUCAACUCAGGGGCUACUUGUAAUUAGAAAACUACUUAUUUAAACAAUUAAAGCAAAAUCAAACUUGAAUAUGAGUAUUAUUA